GCAUUUUAUUGUUAUAAAAACUAGUAGAACUAGUUUUCUCAGCCGCGCGCAGUCGACUAAAGAAGUUACGGAUAAUUGACAUUAUUAAUUAUAAUUAUUAUAUAAAAUUAAAAAAGAAGAGUGUUUGUUUGGUUAUUGUUGCAGGCGUGUCCGUCGGAGGUGACGCGGCUGGAGCGUGCGUGGGGCGCGUGGCUGGUGAGCUCACGGCAGGCGGGCGCCGCCGUGCCGCACCUCAUCGAGGCGGGCGACACGCUCGCCGCGCUCGAUGCCGCGUUGCGCGCCCACGCAUACAAGAAGGCGCUGCACAUCGUGCAGGUUAUAGAAGACAAAGACUCAAUACGAGAACAAUGCGAACAAUUAGGCGACCACUUCAUUUCUACACAGGAUUGGGAGACAGCAGAAAGGGUCCUGACUUCAUGCGGUAUGGCCGAUCGUUGUGUGAAAGCCUACAACGACGCAGGGCGUAUAGCGGACGGCCUACGUCUAGCUGCUUCUCAUCUCACAGAGGAAGAAACAAGAGAAAUUUAUUUGCCUCUAGCUCAGAAAUUGAGAGAGGAUGGACAGCUAAGGAAAGCCGAGCAAAUUUACAUUGGACUUGGGGAGCCGGAUGAGGCUAUAUCUAUGUAUAAGGAGGCAUCUCAAUACGAAUCUAUGCUGAGGCUUGUAGCCGCCCAUCGUAGCUCACUACUGGAAGCUACAAGACGUCAUGUUGCUCAGGCGCUCCAUGCGUCCGGUGAUUUAAGAGCUGCCGAAACAUAUUAUAUUCAAGCGGGCGAUUGGAAGAGCGCGAUCCAGAUGUACAAGUCGUGCGGGCAGUGGGAGAGUGCGGAGCGAGUGGCGCGCGCGCACGCUCCCGCCGCGGUGCAGCAGCAGUUGGCGCUGCAGUGGGCCGCCAGCCUGCCGCCGCCCGCCGCCGCGCGCCUGCUGGCCGCGCGUGGGCUCGCCGCCAUCGGUGCGCGCUGGGCGCUGCAGGCGGGCAGAUGGGAGAUCGCGAGCGAGCUGAGCGAUUUGGGUGGCGGCGUGUCACGGCGCGAGGUAGCGCAGCACGAGGCGGCGGCGUUGGCCGAUGAGCAGCCGGAGCGCGCGGAGGCGGCCUUCUUGCGCGCCGGCGCCGCCGAUCACGCCGUGCGCAUGUGGCUCACGCGCGAGCAGCACGCGCGGGCACUCGCACUUGCAGAGCAACACGCGCCGCACAUGGUCGAGGAGGUGCUUGUGGAAGGUGCACGUGCGGCCGCCGAGCGCGGCGACCUCGUUCAGUUCGAAACGCUCAUGAUCCGUGCUAACCGACCUAACGAUGUCGUGCAGCAUUACAAAGAGCUUGAAAUGUGGGAAGACGCGGCGCGAGUAUCCCGUGAAUAUUUGCCUGAUAGCGCUGAGCCUGUGCCUCCAGCAGUGCCACCUUUACUACAACGAGCAGCCGACCAUGCUGACAGGGGCGAAUGGUGGGAGGCUGUGCAGCUGCUACUGGGCGCCAGUAGCGCGGGCGCUGCCGGCGGCGCCAUACGUCUCGCGGAGCGUGCAGCGCUGCGGGCGGCGCGCCUCGCGCGGGAUCACUUGCAGGGUUCGCGACGCCGGGCUGCCGCCGACAUGUUGGCCGAUAGGUUUAAUGCUAUUGGACAAAGUGAAGUCGGCGAGCAGCUGCGAGCUGCGUUAACAGAGGCAGACGACGAUAAUGCUCCAGGUACGAGUACUUCGGAGUACGAGGAGGAAGCAGCGAGGUUGGGGGUGCGCGAGGUGGGCGCGGAGGUGGAAGCGGAGGCGGAGGCGGGCGCGGGGAGCGGGAGCUCGGCGUUGGAACGACUAGCGCGUGGCGGCCACUGGCAGCGUUGCCUUGCGCACGCAGCGCGGGCUGCGCCGCACUACGCGCUGCGGUACGCCGCGCACCUCUUCAAGACACAUCCUCGUACUGAAGGCAUUGACAUAGAAAGUGAGGAUGUACCCGAAGCACUAUCCUUGACACUGGAUGCACUCCGCCAGUAUCUCGUAAGCGAUAGCGACGCUACUGUACAAAAUAGCGAUGCAGCGCUGGCUCGGGCUGUUUGCAGUGAGCUCCUUGUCCGUGUGUCAACGGCACCCCGAGCGCUUCAAGCGCUGAAAGAUGCCGCGGCUGUUAUGAUAGCGGCGGGGGCCGAUGAUAGGUCGCUUCAGGCAAUUACAUUGUUGAUGGGUCUCCACGUACCUCAGAUCGCUCCCAAAGUAGCACGAGCUUUGCCUCGUUACACGGACAUCAUCGUCGCUGACGUUGCGUUCUUCAGUGCGGGCAGUGCGGUGCGCGCGGAGGGCGCAGGCGGCGCGCGCGAGGCUUUCGUGUUGCUCAACCACUGCCUCGACCUCGCCGAAGCGGCCGACGACGACGCCGCGCACACGCUCGACUACACGGACUUCGAGUGCACGGACUGGCCUCAUAAUCCGCUACUGCUGGAGAGUGCAUGUGUCCGAGGGCCGCCGCUUGACGAACUUCGUGAAUGGGUGCUGUCCGUGUCUAUGGACCAGGCCGUUGAACAGAGCCUGCCCCUGGAUAAACGCGGUAUGUACGCAGCCAGUGUGAGCGGAGACGAGCCGUGCUGCGUUAUCACGGGACACCCGCUCGGCUCGCGACUCGUUACAUUCUCCAACGGUCGGUGCGCGAACCGCGAGUGGUGGUCGCGCUUGAGCCAGGCGGCGAAGGCGCGGGCAGGGGGCGCUGCGGCCACGCUGCAGCAGCACCUCACCGCCUGGUGCGGUGUGCCCGACACCGCGCUCCUGUGAGCACAGUACAGUCUUUAAUUAAUUGAAUAAAUUGAAUAAGAUGAACAUUUAAAAAGAAGAAAACAAACUUUGCAUU